UUAUUUUUCAAAUUUGUCUCUAUAAUUGUCAAAACAUUUUCACAGAACACGAUUGUCACAGACAGAGUCACAUGCAACACAAGUUCCACAUGUAAACAAGGAAUCCUCCUACAACCUACAUACAUAUAUAAAAAAUACUACAGUUUCGAAAUCACGACGUGAACUAAACAUUUAGCACUGCAUGACAACGUAAGCGCUAAUAGAGGGAAGGAAGGGGCCAUUCAGAAAUCUUAUUUCGACUGUUAACACCGUAUUAAGACAUACCUCUGCCGAAGAACAGAAAAAAAAACAUAAUAUUUUGUAUUUUUUUUUGAGGAAUAAUUUUUAGUGCUGGACGUUUUGUGAGUUGACUGAGUUCGGUUUACUGUCAGUGCCAUUUUGAUUUGAAAAUGUGAUCCAUGAUUAGAUAGAUCGUAAUUCAGGUCCAACGGAUGUGCGGCUCAUUUUCGACGAGAUCCCCACAGAUUGGGACGACAUGGCCACUGUUGAGGCAAAAGAGUCCGAUAUCAGAGAUGACGUCACACUUGAAGCCAGAGGCCACGAGAAAACUCUGGAGAAAUCAAGCACAUUGUCAAAUGGAAAACAUUGUCUAAAAGCAACCUUCGUGGUCCUAGGAAUUAUAUCUGUGAUAGCCGCACUGGCACUAAUAGUACUAGCAGUGCUAACCUCCAUGGCAACGAAGGCAUACGAUGCAGAGCAGACCAGUCGGAUGGUGUCAAUGGUACUGCUGGCGGUGUCAGCAGCAGCGACCGUCUGCGUCGUCAUAUACGGAGAGGUGGCGGUCUUCAAGAAACAGAGGAAUCCUGUGCAUAUUGCAGCAGUAGUCCUGGCCAUCCUAAUCAUCGUCCAAGCCUUGAUAGCUGGUAUAUCAGUGAACGUAGAGCCGUCUGACGAGGCCAAGCUGCAGAAGUCUCUCGCGGAAUCCUUCAAGCUGGCGAAGGACGGGAAUCCGCGCCACUCCAAGAUGUGGUCCAUGACGCAGUCUGAUCUGGACUGCUGCGGGGUGUACGGUCCUGAAGACUACAGAAGCUCGAAGCUCCCCUACUACUUCCCGCCGGACGUGCCCAUCGCGUGCUGCCCCUCCUAUGACCCCUCCAGGUCUGACCUCGUCCAGGAGCGAGACCGGGAGCUCUGCAAGGUCAAGAAGACGUAUUAUAAUGGAGGGUGCAAGGAUCUGGUGCUGCUAGUGUUUAAGGAGACUUCCUCGAUGGUGCUCACUGUCGAUAUCAUAUUGAUGGUUGUGGAGAUUAUCUUGAUGAUAGUCGGUGCGAUCUUAUGCAGCAAACAAUGGAUACACAAAGUCGAACCAUCGAAGUGAUAGGAACAACCUCCUUACAGUAAGGCUAAUCACACUUGCCAGCAAGAAGCAGCUUGUUAAAUACUCUUUAUAAUUUAGAUAGUUUUUUUUAUGAAAUUGAGGCUGAACGGGGAACAGAGCAACUAUUAAAUCGCAUUGUACAUUUGCUGUCAAGUCUGAUAAGUCAGCUGCAACAAAACUGCCAAAAUAACAAACUAAAACCGCUCGAAAAUGUGUUUUAUAUGGAUAAGAAAUAAAAGAACUAAAAAUACAUCCUUCAAAAUGUGAUAUGAGUAAUAGUGACAUCUAGCGGUGAGAGAGAACAAUGCAUCGAAAUCAAGUAUACACCAGAGCGAUCUCAACUAGCACUAACUGAGAAGUUGAAUAAACUAGUUACUAGAUGGCGUUACACGCGACUCCUAUAAUUUUUGAUCGCUCUUAUUAAUAUAUUGAUAUGUAAAUAAUAAUAAAUAACAAAUUUAUAUAAAUUAUGCGACUAAUUAUAUAGUUUAUAAGUAAUUUUAUUAUAUUCUUGUAAUUUCGAGAGUGAAUGUAAUUUUUACUGGCCUGUUUUCAAUUAUAGCUAUAAUUGAAUUGUUGUUUAUAGUUUACAUUUUAAAGAAAUUAUUUAAUAAUAAACGACGAGAACACCAUGGUAA